CCCAUGCACGCUCGAUGCCAGUGCAGUGGAGGAGGAGCAGCUGACGAUCCAGUGAAGGAGGUGGAGGCUGCUGAGCAGAUCAAGUCUCUAGGGAGCUGGAGCCACUGCCCGUCAGGCUGGUCCAGGUAUGGAUCUCGAUGCUUCGCCUUCUUCAGCAGCCCGAAGAACUGGCUACAGGCAGAGGACUAUUGUUUACAUUUUGGUGCCAACCUGGCCUCCAUCCACAGUUCAGCAGAGUACCACUACAUCCAGGAGCUUGUGUUGAGUAGAACAGGUGAACUCACCCCAGCUUGGAUCGGUGCCUCUGAUGCUGUUCAGGAGAACAUGUGGUUGUGGAGCGACGGGUCCAGGUUUGACUUCCAGCACUGGGCAUGGGGCGAGCCCAGCAACUUCGAAGGCGGAGAGGCGUGUAUUGAGAUGAACUAUAUAGUUGAUAAGCUCUGGAAUGACUUGACUUGCGGAUAUCAGCUUCCCUUCAUUUGCGCCAAAAGGCUGAACUGUUAAGCUCGUCCAAAAAGCCACAGGACCCGGGAACGAGCAGGGAGAACAGUUAAUAUUGAUUCUUUUGUCAUUAUGUGUCAAAUAAAGAUGCUACAGUAGUA